UGUCAGCGUUUUUUCUUGCAGGUAGCAAAUACCUUCAUGCACAGUCGAGAAGCUGAUAUCCUUCAGGAUUACUUAGAAAGCAGAGCAGCGAAGAUGGAUAACUGGGUAAUUAUUUUCAGUGAUUUAAUAAUUCUUGAAGUAGCAUUAAGAGGUGAGGUGGCUUUGUUUGUAAUUAUGAUUCGACGCAAAUCCUUCAAACUGAUUCAGCUAACACCAUGGUGGAUCGAUAAAGCUUAUUUAGAAUCAAGAACCCCCUUGCCAAUCGUUUCAAAUCCUGGUGUUUCUUUCCCAAAAUGGAAUUAUUGCGAUUUAGAUGGGCAAAUCGAUGCAGCUGCGAAAGUUGCUCAGUCCGCACUCAUCUUUUACAAGAUGAUCCAGAAUAACAAAUUACCUCAAGAAAAAAUGGGUGAUGAAUUAUUGGACAUGGGACAAUACAAAAAUUUGUUUGGAACGACUCGUAUCCCAUCACUGAAUAAAGAUAAGAUUAAAUAUGGCUAUCAGUGUGAGACACCCUCGGAACAUUUCAUUGUUAUGCGUAACGGACAUAUAUUCCGUAUACCAGCAUUUGAUUCAAAUGGAAAUGUAUUAAGUUUAGACCAGUUGAAAAAUGAAAUCAAAAGUUGUGUUAUUCCAUCAAGCGAAAUUGUUAAUGAACAUCCUUUGGGAGUGGUUACAGCAGAGCAUCGAGAUAAGUGGGCUGAUCUUUACUCUAAACUCCAAGACUCGAACUUGGAAAGUCUGAAGAGCGUAGAAGAUAGUUUAUUUGUGCUGUGCAUUGAUAAGAAAAUGGAUGAUAUCGUUGGGGUAACGCCCGCCGAUUUACAAUCGUUGGAAUGUCUUCAUGGUGGUGGAUGCAAUAAUAACUCACAUAAUCGUUGGUUUGAUAAGACUCUGCAGUUUAUUAUCGGAACUGAUGGUUACUGCGGUGUCAACUAUGAGCAUACACCUGUCGAGGGUCCUGCUGUCGCGUCACUCAUGGAAUUCAUUUGCGACCAGUUGUACGUCUCAAGUUCACAUUCCAUAUUUCAUUACUGGACUGAUAAAAUGGAUCAUAGUUACAUACAGUUAUCGAUGCAGUUAGCAUACUAUCGUAUUCAUCAUAAACAACCAUCAACUUAUGAAACAGCAACAUUACGCAAAUAUUUGAAUGGAAGAACGGAUACAAUUCGAUUGCCAAGUGUUGAGUCGUUGAUAUUCACAUCUGCAAUGAUCGAUGCCGAUGAUGAUAAAAAGAAGCCGGAUGACAACGACUUAAUGCACAUGCUCAAAUAUGCCGUUCAAAAGCAUAAACAUUACACCGUUCAGGCCAUGAAUGGUAACGGUAUGGAUCGCCAUUUAUUAGGAAUAGAAUUAGCAGCGUCUGAUUUGAAUAUGCCACUACCGAAGAUAUUUUCAACGGAUGCUUACAAAAAAAUGAUGCAUUUUAAUUUGUCCACCAGUCAGGUACCGACAAGAAAUUUGAUAACGAUGUGCUAUGGUCCAUCAUCACCGGAUUGUUACGCGUCGUGUUAUAAUCCUCAGGAUGAACAAAUCCAUUUCUCUAUUUGUACAUUCAAAAGUUGUCCAACUACAAGCUCUUAUAGGUUCGCGAGAGAAUUGGAACAUUCAUUGAACGAUAUGCACAGAGUGGUACAGCACUCAGAAAGUAUACCUCGUUUUAGGAGUUAA